GAGACGUGCGGCAGUCAGCAAAUGGAGCAGAAGAACAUCGACUGAUGGAAAAAGAGGAUACAUAUUCAGGCGUGACAGAGAAGUUUGAAUAUUUGGAUGCACCAAGGAAGGAGAAGGGAAAACACCCCCCUAAAGGGAGGAAUAAUUCCGGUCUUUUGCAGGGGGGUGACUCGCUACAGCAAGAUACAUGUCAAGGAGACAACAGGGAGGAGUGCACUGCAAGCAAGAAAAGUUCCACUGACAUAUCAGUUAUUAAUAUUCACCAAAGGAUGUGUAACAGAAAGAAAAGAUAUAAAUGCCAGGAAUGUGGAAAAAGUUUCAGGCAGAGAGCGCACCUUACUUCCCAUCGAAGAAUUCACACAGGGGAGAAACCAUAUACAUGCCUGGAGUGUGGGGAAAGCUUCAGUCACAGUUCCCAUCUUACUUCCCAUCGAAGAACUCACACAGGGGUGAAACCAUACAAAUGCCUGGAAUGUGGGAAAAGCUUUGGUCGGAAGAACACUCUUAUCUCCCAUGAAAGUAUUCAUGCAGGGGAGAACCGAUAUAAAUGCUUGGAGUGUGGAAAAAGUUUUGGAAGAAAAAAUACUCUCAUCAUCCAUCAAAGAAUUCACACCAGGGGAAAACCAUACAAAUGCCUGGAAUGUGGGAAAAGCUUUGGUCGGAAGAACACUCUUAUCUCCCAUGAAAGUAUUCAUGCAGGGGAGAACCGAUAUAAAUGCUUGGAGUGUGGAAAAAGUUUUGGAAGAAAACAUAAUCUCAUUGUCCAUCAAAGAAUUCACACCAGGGGAAAACCUUACAAAUGCUUGGAGUGUGGGAAAAGCUUUGGUUACAGUAAGACUCUUGCUUCCCAUCAAAGAAUUCACACGGGGGAGAAACCAUACAAAUGCCUGGAUUGCGGGAAAAGCUUCAGCUGGAAUGGCAGUCUUACUUCUCAUAAAAGAAUUCACACAGGGGUGAAACCAUACAAAUGCCUGGAGUGUGGGAAAAGCUUCAGUUGGAGAAACACUCUUAACUCCCAUCAAA